UCUAGAUCGAAACGUAGACUGCAAUUAACAAGAACCGUAAGAGUUGACUUGUGGGGGAUGAAACAUAAACUCUAUCGCCGUGGACGGCGGAGGAGCAGCCGCGAGUGGAUCCAGCCGACACUAAGUAAGCUUUUAAUUAUUUUGCACAAGAUGCGAUAGACUUGCACCUUUCUUUACUACAUGUGCUUUUCAGUUUCCUUCUUAUAUAUAAUACGUUGUUCAUAAAUAGUUACAACAAUCUCCAAAAAUUAUACUAUCAUUCUUUAGCUGUUUAUCGAGAUGGCUAGAUCGUAUGUACCUCUGAUCGCCGUGAUGUGCGUUUCCCUACUGCCACUUGCGGCCAUGGCGGCUGGAACGCCAUUUCAUAUCGAAGGAUGUGUUUACUGCGACACUUGCCGCUUUGGAUUCGAGACAAUCGCCACCAAAUAUAUCACCGGGGCAAAAGUGAAAAUAGUAUGCAAAGACAGUGUAACAUUGAAAUCGGAGGUGGUCGGUGAGGCGGUGACAGGACGCCGAGGAAGAUACAGACUUGCCGUCAAAGGAGACCGACAGGACCAGCAAUGCCUGGCGGUGCUCGUCGAGAGUCCUAUCUCCGACUGUCAAUUCCCUGAUCCUGGUCGCAGCACUGCCACCGUGAUCCUCACACGUUCCAACGGUGCCGCCUCCACUCGCCACUUUGCCAACGCCAUGGGCUUCUUCCGGGACCAACCGCUCCGUGGUUGUGCCGCUCUCCGCAAACACUACCUUGCCGACGGUGAUUAUCGAGCUAUUUAAGUCAUUUGACUCACCUUAUGUUCAUGCAACAUCUCUAGACAUCUAUAAGAAACUAUAUAAAAUAAAUUUUCAAUCUUAACUUUUCUUUUGUUAUGUUGAUGAAGAAGAGAAACUUAUAAACAAUCUCAUCGUCAUUUGCCUGGUGGUUUGGCAUUAUUUAGACUUCAGUUGUGAUACAUUGAUCUCAGUUUUCAUCUUGGCUUUUUUCUUCUGCUUCUUCUACCAUCUUCCUUUUUGUUUGUUUGUAUCUUUGGUUCAUGUUUGAUUCCUAUUAAACAUUUAAUUUAG